ACCACAGUACCACUCUAUAAAAGUUUGGGUUGGGUGUUUGUUGGGUGUGUGCAGUUCGUUAUUUUUGUGAUUUUUAUUAAUUUAAUUUCACUUUUAGACUGAAUGAAAUCAAUAUGUUGUUGAAGGCGAUUAUUAUAACGUUUCUGUGCACCUUACCAGCGGUAUUUUGCGUGAGAUGUUACCAAUGUGCGUCGUCACAAGACAGUAAAGGGGAAGACAACUGUGGGGCUUACAAGAGGUUUGACAAAGAAAGUCACAUCGCUGUGGAAUGCUUCAGUGAUGAAUCUCAUAUGCCUGGCUCUUUCUGCAUGAAGUUGACUCAGCAAGGGCCUAAAGGAUUUAUUUGGGAUGGAAGAUGGCGCCAAGUUAUACGACGCUGUGCCUCGGUUGCUGAGACAGGUGUUACCGGUGUUUGCAACUGGGGAGUUUACGAGAACGGUGUCUACUGGGAAGAAUGCUACUGUUCUUCAGAUGAAUGUAACGGAUCAUCAUUAGCCCAAUCUUCAGCUAUACUACUUUUAAGCACAAUAGGAACUGUCCUAUACUUGUACAAACUACUUUAGUAUAGCUUUUUAUAUAUCAAAUCUUGUGCCUUAAAGAUACAAAUGUACAGAAUCAAUUUUACCAUACACAAUUUUAUACUUUAAAGGUAGAAUUCUGUGCAUCUAUGACUG